UUCUCGGGUUCCGGGGGAGCCGCGAUGGCGCCGGGGACGCUCCUGGUGGCGAUGGCGGCGCUGGGGACAGCGCUGAGCUCCUGCGGGUUGGACCUGGAGACCCCGCGGCUGUUCCGGGGUGACCCCGGCGGAGCUUUCGGCGCCAGCGUGGCCCAGCUCGGCACCGGCGACGACGGAUGGCUCCUGGUGGGGGCCCCUCUGGAACGCGGCGGCUCCGACACCGCGCCGUUUACGGCUGCGGGCUUCCGCUCCGGAACCUGCCGGAAACUUCCGCUCCAAGGACCACCCGGAGCGGUCAAUUCCUCGCUGGGGUUGGCGUUGGCGGCCGGAGAAGACGCGGCCUUGGUGUGUGGCCCCACCUCCCCCCAGGUGUGCGGGGUCAAUGUCCACCUCAACGGCUUCUGCGUCCAGCUGGACUCCGCCCUGCGGCCGGUCCGGAACCUUCCGGAGAAAUUCCCAGAGUGUCCGAAGCCCUCGCUGGACAUCGCCUUCCUGGUGGACGGCUCGGGCAGCAUCGGCCGCGGGGACUUUGAGACCAUGAAGAUCUUCAUCGCCGCGGUCAUCCGGCGCUUCCGCCACGCCGACGUCCAGUUCUCCCUCACCCAGUUCUCGGACAAGAUCCGGACCCACUUUGACUUCGGGACCUUCCGGAACCUUCCGGACCCCGCGCGGCUCCUCAGGAACGUCCGGCAGCUCGGCGGCUCCACCUACACGGCUACGGCCAUCCUGACCGUGCUGCAGGAGAUGUUCGUGGCUGACCGCGGCGCUCGGGCCGGCGCCCGGCGGAUCCUGGUGGUGGUGACCGAUGGUCAGAAGUUCGGGGACAGCCGGGACUAUCCAGAGGUCAUCUCCAAGGCCGAAGCCAUGGCGGUCACUCGCUACGCCAUCGGGGUGGGCCGGGCGUUCCAGUCCCCCUCAGCCCAUCAGGAGCUCCUGGACGUGGCCUCCAGCCCCGCCCACGUUUUCCGGGUCGACUCCUUCGGGGCCCUGGAGGGGAUCCAGAGCGAGCUCCAGGAGAAGAUCUUCGCCAUCGAGGGUACGAGCUCCGCCCUCAGCAGCUCCUUCCAGCUGGAGAUGGCCCAGGAGGGAUUCAGCGCCACCCUGACCCCUGCCGGUCCGGCCCUGGGAGCCGUCGGCGCCUUCGAUUGGUCCGGAGGGGUCCUGGUCUACGGCGGGGGAGGGGCGGCCACCUUCAUCAACGGCUCCGGGCCACACCUGGGCACACCUGGGGGACACCUGGGGACACCUGGAGCACACCUGGGCACACCUGGGGGACACCUGGGGACACCUGGAGGACACCUGGGCACACCUGGAGGACACCUGGGGACACCUGGAGCACACCUGGGCACACCUGGAGCACACCUGGGCACACCUGGAGGACACCUGGGGACACCUGGGGGACACCUGGACGGCGUCGGGGACAUGAGGGACGCUUACCUGGGGUACUCGGCCGUGGCCGUACCUUGGGGUCACUCCUGGGCUCUGGUCCUGGGCGCUCCCAGGUGGGGUCACCUGGGCAGGGUCAUCGUCCUCUCCGGCCACACCUGGACACUGCAGGCCCAGGCCACCGGCCGGCAGGUGGGCUCCUAUUUCGGGGCGUCGCUCCUGGCCCUGGAGCCCCGCCCAGGUGAGCCCAGCCCAGGUGAGCCCCGCCCAGGUGAGCCCAGCCCAGGUGAGCUCAGCCCAGGUGAGCCCAGCCCAGGUGAGCCCAGCCCAGGUGAGCCCCGCCCAGGUGAGCCCCUGCGGAUCCUGGUGGGGGCGCCCCUGUUCUACGGGGGGGGCAGCGGUGGACGAGUGGAGCUGUGCGAGCUGCAGGGCUCUCACCUGCGCUGUCACCUGUCCCUGCGGGGCUCACCUGGGCAGCCCCUGGGCCGCUUCGGGGCCAGCCUGGCUCACCUGGGCGACCUGGACGGGGACACCUGGCCCGAGGUGGCCGUGGGGGCUCCCCUGGAGGACGACGGGGGCGGAGCCGUUUACCUGUUCAGGGGCGCACCUGGAGGGGUCAGCGCCGAGGGAGCACAGCGCAUUCCGGGCUCCAGGUUCCCGUCCCAGCCCCGAUUUUUCGGCCAAUCCCUGAGCGGCGGCCGCGACCUGAGCGGGGAUCACCUGCCCGACCUGGCCGUGGGGGCGCGGGGACAGGUGCUGCUGCUCAGGUCCCCACCCCUGCUCCAGGUGCGUCUCUCGCUCACCUUCGAGCCCCAGGUGAUUCCGGCCGCGGUUUCCGAGUGUCCCGAGGAGGGGGAGGAGCCUCGGGCUCACCUGGCGCGGGCGCGGCCUCUGCUUCACCUGCGCCAACGCAGCCGGGACAGCUUCGGUUCCGAGCUCUCUCUCUCUCUCCACUUCCGGGCCGAGCUCGAUCCCGGGAGGCUCCGGAGCCGCGGAAUUUUCGCUUCCGGAACCUUCCAGAACGGGAGCCUCCGGAUGGGGGAGGGGCGGAGCUGCCGCAGCCUCGAGAUCUUCUCCAAGGGCUGCCCCCAGGACACUUUGACCCCCCUGACCCUUCGGGUGACCCUCAGCGGCGUCGGGGACCCUCUGGAAGCGGCCGGGGGGCUCCGGCCACAGCUCGGACCCGACUCGGACACGGCCGUGACGGCCUCGCUCCCGUUCGAGCACGACUGCGGCCCCGAUAAUUCCUGCCAGGACGAGCUCCACGUCGGCCUCAGAUUGGAGGGGCCGGGGGUGCUGGUGGUGGGGGAUGGGGACGCCCUGGGGGUGACGGUGACGGUGACGAACCGGGGCGAGAGCUCCUUCGGGCCGGCGGUGACGCUGGGACACCCCGAGGGGCUGAGCUACAGGAAGGUGGAGGUGAUAGAGGCCCCUCGUCGCUCUGUCACCGUCCGUUGUCACUCGGAGGCUCCGGAGGGGCGGGGUCACCUCACGCUGUGCCAGGUGCAGCCGCCGCUGCUGCGGGCGGGGGCCCAGGUGAUUUUCAGGGUCACUCUGGACGUUCCCCCCCAGGUGGAGCUCGGGGACAGCCUGGAGGUGACGGCCGAGGCCACCAGCUCCAAUCCAGGUGCGCCGGGCUCAGGUGGGCGGAGCCAACGCGCGACGAUCCCGGUCAGGUACCAGGUGUUCCUCGUGCUGGCCAGCUCCCCGGACUCCACCCGUUACCUGAACGUCACUUCCGGCUCCGCCCCUCCCCCCCCCCGCCCCCCUCACCCACCGCUACCAGGUGAAGGUGUUGGGGGGGCGGGGCCUGGAUGCUGACGUCACCUUUUGGGUCCCCACCCACCUGGGCCAGGUGAGGCUGUGGGAGGAGCUGGAGGUCACAGCUGAGCAGGCGGAGCCGCGGUGCCGGGAGGGCCCCGAACACCCCGGGAACAGCCGGGAACAGCCGGAGCUGGAACAGCCGGAACUG